AUGGCGGAACCCCAUGGAAUCCUGAUAAAGGGAGGCAAAGUCGUGAAUGAAGAUGUCUCUGUGAUCAGUGACGUUUAUAUAGAAAAUGGGAAAAUAGCAGACGUUGGGCUGAAUCUUCAUGUUCCAGAUGGAGUGAGAGUCAUUGACGCUAGUGGUAAACUGGUGAUACCAGGUGGCAUUGACCCGCAUACACACAUGGAGCUGGCGUUCAUGGGCACCAGGUCUGUGGAUGACUUCCAUAUUGGAACACAGGCUGCCUUAGCAGGAGGGACCACAAUGAUUGUGGACUUUGUCAUCCCCCAAAAAGGCAAGUCUCUUGUGGAGGCCUACAACACUUGGCGCAAGGCGGCAGACAGCAAAGUGUGCUCUGACUACUCACUGCAUAUGGCUGUCACAUGGUGGAGUGACCAGGUGAAGCAAGAAAUGGAGGUUAUUGCCAAAGAGCGAGGGGUCAAUUCCUUCAAGAUGUUUAUGGCUUACAAAGGCUUGUACAUGCUGCAGGAUUCUGAACUCUAUGCUGCUUUUUCCCAAUGUAAGGCCAUUGGUGCAAUAGCUCAAGUGCAUGCAGAGAAUGGAGACCUGAUUGCUGAGGGGGCAAAGAAGAUGCUGUCUAUGGGCAUCACUGGACCUGAAGGUCAUGAACUAUGUAGGCCGGAGGAGGUCGAGGCUGAGGCCACCCAGAGAGCCAUCACCAUUGCCAGCGCUGUCAAUUGCCCUCUCUAUGUGGUACAUGUCAUGAGCAAAUCUGCAGCCAAGGUGGUCGGCGAUGCACGCAGAAAUGGGCAUGUGGUCUUUGGGGAGCCCAUUGCAGCUGGCCUGGGGACGGAUGGGACUCACUAUUGGCACAAGGACUGGGCCCAUGCAGCCUCAUUUGUCAUGGGACCUCCCCUUAGGCCUGAUCCCAGCACCCCUGGUUACCUCAUGGACCUGUUGGCCAAUGAUGACCUCAGCGUGACGGGCACUGACAACUGUACCUUCUCAGUUUGUCAGAAGGCACUCGGAAAAGACGACUUCACCAAGAUCCCGAAUGGGGUGAAUGGCGUGGAAGACAGGAUGUCCGUCAUUUGGGAGAAGGGAGUGCACAGUGGCAAAAUGGAUGAGAAUCGAUUUGUAGCUGUCACCAGCAGCAAUGCGGCGAAAAUAUUCAACUUCUACCCUCAAAAAGGCCGCAUCGCCAAGAAUUCAGAUGCUGAUGUGGUUAUUUGGGAUCCCAAGUUGACAAGAAAAAUUUCAGCCAAGACGCACCACCAGGCUGUGGACUACAACAUCUUUGAGGGCAUGGAGUGUCAUGGAGUAGCAGUGAUCACUAUUUCCAGGGGCAAAGUAGUCUACGAGGACGGACAGCUGAAGACAAUGCCUGGCUCUGGCAGAUUUAUCCACAGAGAACCCUUUUCUGAGUAUGUCUACAAGCGAAUCAAGCAGAGGGACGAGGUGGGCCAACCUACAGCUGUGAUCAGAAAGCCAUAUGACGGAAAAGUCAUUUCUGUAAGCCACUAA